AUGGACCUGCAUCAGUUAAUGUUUACCAUUAUUGAAAACAGGGUUACUCCAAGACAGGCUACAGAAACUGAUAAGGUAUGUCACCCUUGUUUGUUGCGCUCUCAAAGAGAGGCCCGUCGUACCCAUGAUGUUAACAGACCGCAAUCUGCAACUGAGGAGUCGUCAACAGCAGAUAUGCCUGUAGUAGGAGAGGUGCAGCCAUAUGUUUCAAAUGAAGAAGUGAGUCGCGCACCAAAUGGAUUGACUUUACCAGAUUAUAGAAGAGCGGCUAACAACAACAAACAUUGUGUGUUCAACGAUUGUAACAUUGUAGCAACUUCUGGAGCAAAGUUAACAAUACCACUGGCCUUUAUGGAAAUGAAAACAACACAAAUGCUAUUGUAA